AUGAAGAUAAAAAUGGUGGACAUAGCUGGAAACCUCAGUUUCGUUAGAGAUAAAAUUUCUCAAGCAUGUUCUAGACGUCCAUCUGAGUUAGGUAAUGUAAUACCGCGACUGGUUGCUGUCAGCAAGACAAAGCCGCCAAAUUUGGUGAUAGACGCUUACGACGCCGGUCAACAACACUUUGGGGAAAAUUACGUCAACGAGUUGAUCGAAAAAGCCGGACACCCUGAUAUCCUAAAGCGUAACAUCCGCUGGCAUUUCAUCGGUCACCUGCAGAGAAACAAAGUAAAUAAAGUGCUGGCGGUGCCGAAUCUCUGGGUUGUCGAGACAGUCGACUCGAAUAAAUUGGCAACGGCGCUAGAUAUUGCUUGGCCGAAGUUCAGAAGAAGUGAUGACUCCAAGCUUAAUAUUAUGGUCCAAGUAAACACCAGCAAAGAAGAAGAAAAUUGUAAAAAUUUAAACUUCUUGGGAAUUAUGACAAUUGGAGCCUACGGUUACGAUCCAGCGAGCGGUCCUAAUCCAGACUUUCUUUCUUUGAGACAGUGCAGGGAAGAAAUUUGUAAAGAAUUGAGUCUUGAUAAAGAGCAAGUUGAAUUAUCUAUGGGAAUGUCUACUGACUUUGAGCAUGCUAUUGAACUUGGCAGUACAAAUGUGAGAGUAGGAAGCUUGUUAUUCGGUGAACGGCCACCCAAGCACUGA